UUGAAAGGACCUCAGCAGGGGCGCGGCCGGGACGAUUCAGUCGUUUGCUAGCGCCCAGGAGGUUGGCUGUGCCACGGGUCUCGGGGAUGACUCAGAAGGAGAACGCCUACCCCUGGCCCUACAGCCGGCAGAUGGCUCCAUCUGGCCUGAACACCCUACCACAAAGAGUCCUCCGGAAGGAGCUUACCACCCCAUCUUCGCUUGUCCUCAUGAGCUGCUCCAAUGCCCACCCCACAGCUGCUGCUGGCCAGGACAGCUGUGGGACACCCAACUCAAUGCGGACCUUCACAAUUGACGACUUUGAGAUCGGGCGUCCUCUGGGCAAAGGCAAGUUUGGAAAUGUGUACUUGGCUCGGGAGAAGAAAAGCCGUUUCAUCGUGGCACUCAAGGUCCUCUUCAAGUCUCAGAUAGAGAAGGAGGGUGUGGAGCACCAGCUUCGCAGGGAGAUCGAAAUCCAGGCCCAUCUGCAGCAUCCCAACAUCUUGCGUCUCUACAACUAUUUCUAUGACCGUCGAAGGAUCUACUUGAUUCUGGAGUAUGCCCCCCGAGGGGAGCUCUAUAAGGAGCUGCAGAAGAGCCGCACUUUUGACGAGCAGCGAACUGCCACGAUCAUGGAGGAACUGGCAGACGCAUUGAUGUACUGCCAUGCGAAGAAGGUGAUUCACAGAGACAUAAAGCCAGAGAAUCUGCUCUUGGGGCUCCAGGGAGAGCUGAAGAUCGCUGACUUUGGCUGGUCUGUACACGCCCCCUCCCUGAGGAGGAAGACGAUGUGCGGCACCCUGGACUACCUGCCGCCAGAGAUGAUUGAGGGGCGCAUGCACAAUGAGAAGGUGGACCUGUGGUGCAUCGGGGUACUCUGCUAUGAGCUGCUGGUGGGAAACCCCCCCUUUGAGAGUGCUUCGCACAAUGAAACAUACCGGCGCAUCGUCAAGGUGGACCUGAAGUUCCCCUCUUCUGUGCCCGUGGGAGCCCAGGACCUCAUCUCCAAGCUGCUCAAACAUAACCCCUCAGACCGACUGCCUCUGGCUCAGGUCUCAGCCCACCCUUGGGUCCGGGCCCACUCUCGGAGGGUGCUACCACCCUCGGCCCUUCAGUCUGUCUCCUGAAUCGUCCCUGUCAUUUACUCAGUUAUAUCUAUAUUUUGUAUGUUUGUAUAUGUGUAGUUGGAAGGAGGGGUCUCUGGCCUGUUCCCUUAUCUGUCUUCUACCUCCUUUUUAUUUAAUAAAGGCUGAAACGUUUUAUAAUGAUGAGUAUAGAUGUUUACAGGUGGAGACUUCACUGGGGAGGAAGCUGGUCCCCUACAGGGAGGAGGGUGGGGAGUUGCCUGCUCUGGACGCCAGGGACUCCUACCGCAUCGUGCCCCUGGUAGCAGCUGCCCUCGGCUCUGAUACUGGCCUGGUCAGUGGCCAGCCACCUUGCCCCCACUGUCUUUACUUUCCCCUGCUCUGAUUCCCAGAGUCUGGACCCACUGGGGACCUGGGCUCUGCUCUGCUAAGCCUGAUCUCUGCCCACCUCUCACUUUUCACUCUCAACUGCCUGACCUCUAGUGUUUCUCCUGGUUCAGUCCCUGCCAACCUAGGAGCAACUGAACAGUGCUGUUCCCUAGAAGUUGUCCUGUUCUCUUUGUUUUAUUGCUCUGGUCAGGAUCUGAUACAGGAGUCAGUAGAAGCAGUACAGAUGGUAUCUCAUUUCUGACUCAGGUUUCACUGUUAAAUAGAUUGUUUGCGGUAGGUUCACCCUCAUUUUGCAGGUAAAGCAACUGAGACACAUGAUCUACCAAAAGUCACACAACUAGUAAGGGGAGCCCAGUUUUAAAACUUCAUAUUUAAUACUGUGCUAGAAUGGUAUAAUCUUGCCUUUUCAUAACACACACAUUUAUUGUAUAUGUAUAUAUAUCACAGAAGUGGAACAAGAAUUACAGUUUUUGCUGUUAUUAAGUAUAGCCUAAAAAAAAUCCUUUAUCAGGUUAAAGUAGGCCUGUUCUCUUUUUUUUGGUAAGGGUUUGGGUUGUUAGUAUCAGUAGGUGUUCACUUUUCAUCAAAUGCUUUUCCUGUAUUGAUUCUUUGCUCUU